AUGGGGUUGACGAAUUUAGUGCUGACCGUGGCAGGUGUAAGCGCCGUCGUUCUUCUUCUCAGGAGUGACGUCAAGCAAUCUGCCUCCAUCUUCCGCAGCAACAUGAAGCAGAUUCGCAACUGGCUUGAAGAAGAAACCGCCGCUUUUUCCAAAUUCUCAGUGCUCGUUGGUUGGGGGACUUGGGGAGUAUUGUAUGACCGAUUGCUACUGCGGAAACGCAAAAGUCAGCGUUAA